AUGUCCGAAAAAUCGGAGGUGGUGGCCCAGAGUACCAUUCGACGUGGCAGGAAAAAUGGGCCCUUGGACCUGGACGAGCUGGAGCCCGAGGAGGAAGUGGACGUGCUGGAGCCCGAGGAGGAUUUCGAGCAGUUCCUGCUGCCGGUCAUCCACGAGAUGCGGGAGGACAUCGCGGCGCUCACCCGGGAGCACGGGCGGGCGUACAUGCGGAACAGGAGCAAGUUGUGGGAGAUGGACAAUAUGCUCAUCCAGAUCAAAACGCAGGUGGAGGCCUCGGAGGAGAGCGCGCUGAACCACCUGCAGAAUCCAGACGACGAAGUCGAGGGCAGAGUGACCAAAAGGUGCGAGAAGGCUGAGGAGAAGGCCAAGGAGAUCGCGAAGAUGGCAGAGAUGCUGGUGGAGCUGGUCUGGCGGGUAGAGAAGAGCGAAGCGUGCUGAGCGCGCCGGCGGGAAGCCGGUAAACGCCGUCAGCGUGGUUCCGCCGCCUUCUGCGUGAUAGUAACAGCCGAGGAAUGCAGCCCCAGGCUCCCGGCAUCGACACCUGGGCCGUGGGAGCGAAGCUGGGGUGGAGAGGAAGGGGAAUGCGUGCUACUUGGGAAAGGUGUUAACAGACGCUGGUUUUUAUGGCCCCGCCCUCCCCCGCUGGUUCACAGCUGAUGGACUCUGGCCAACUGGUAAGGAUGGGCCGACACCUGGAGGAACUGCAACAGCUCGUUUCUGUCUCUGUGUGGGUUUGACCCCCACGGAACAGUCUCCCUUACACUCAGUGACCUCGAUAUGGGUUUAGGUUGUCAAAUGUAUUUGGUUCCUGAAAAAAGAACUUUUGUUUGAGACGUACUCGUAAGAGAAACAGGGCUGAAUCAAAAGUUGUUUCAGUGGUCACGUUUAUUGUUAUUUUGUCAUGUUUUUGAGACGUUGGGGGCACAGCCUUAGCAUUUCGCUGUUACCCACGUGACUUACUUGUUUUCUGGAACUUUGGACCACGUGAAGACUUGGGGUCAGAGUCUUCCAACUUUAGAUGUGCAGUUUGGAUGUAGCUGGUGAAGACCGUAGGAGUGAGACUGCUUGGGAUAAGCCGGGCAAGAACUAGAAGAAGGCAGUUGAAGACGGAAGACAAUCGUGUAUAUAUUUUGGAACUUGAAUUCCUCUGUGAGACAAAGGAGGAGCUAUGUUUUGUGGCAUAUUGUCUGGUGUGUAUUGUGGAAGCUGUCAGGUGAGCUUAUUUAGACGACCUAGCGUACUCUAAGUAACAAGUUGCAUAGGGAGUGAUGGAGCACAUUCACUAUUGUAAUACUGUCACUCAUUACAGGGGUUUCAGAGCAUCACAUGAAUGAGCCAAUCUACAGAGAGCCUUGGGAGGCGGGAGAAGGGAAAAGACGCCCUCAGGGCCCAUCAAGUCCCCUCUAGUUCAUCCGGGUAGUAGACCUGGCCGCCCGGGGUUUGAGGUCAAAAUCAAACAUGGCAUAAGUGUUCAUUUGCUUUGAAAAAGAAAGACCUAAAAAGCCUUUAAAAAAAAAUGUUUGUUUAGAAGAUCAGUGCCCCUGUGUGUGUUAAUAAGACUCCUAAUUAAAUUUCUUUUGAAA